AUCCCAGCAUAUAUGAAUCCUAACAACAACAGAGGUAUGUAGCAAGUUCUAGAAGAGAUUGAAAAAUAGCAACACCAACGUUCUGACUAUGUUGUUAGCCAAAAGAACAAUCCUCAGUAUCUCCAAAUCAAUUCGCUUUUAUCUUGUCCCUCGCCUUUCCACAGCUUCUCUAUCCACUGCUUAUGAACGUGCUGAGGGUAGUAAUGCAGUGGCAGAAGGAAGUGGUGAGGAUGGGGAGAUGAAGAGAGAAGUGAAGGAAGAGGAAGUGGCAAAAGAUGAUCCUAUAAAGGGUGUGGAAGGGUCUGACAUGGUGAGAGAUAGUGCGAAGGAGUCCAUGGAUGGAGCUUGGAUGGCAGCUCAAGAAACAGCACACAAGGUUAGAGACAAUGAGAACAAGGGUUGAAGAUCCAUCAUCACCACUCAUUUCAUCUUCCAAAAUCAAAAUCAUACUCUUUCUUAGCAAUUCCUUGUUAAACUUUUUAUGCGUAAUGUUUUUAGAUGUUUUUCUGUCUU